AUGGAAAGUCUUGAAAGAAGUCUGAAUAAUGUUUCUAUAGACGAUGCACCAUGGCGCCCACAUGAACAGCAACCAUUAUGGAGUAACAACGGUAUUCAACAACAGCAGCAACCCCGAGCCUGGGCGCCGCCCGUUCAACCACAGUUUGCAAAUAGAUCUCCUUGGCAGCAAGAUUCAAAUGAGAUUGAGCAAAAUGUGAAUGAAGCCCUCGGGUUAAGUGGUAUGGCAGCAAAUCCGCCUCAAUGGGGUGGUAUGCCAAACUCAGAAUACGACAAACAAAUAUGGGCAGAUCCAACAAGCGAUGUCCAAUAUCCACCACCGCCACCACAUGCCCCAUUCGGUGCAUUGAAUGGACUCGGAGGGCCAUCUGCCGAUUGGUCAAUGGGAUCACAGCCACACAACCCUGUAUGGAGCAAUGGGGGCAUGGGAAAAGAAUCUGAUGAGUUCUGGAAACAACAACAGCCACAACAACAGCAGCAUUAUCCAAUGCCACUUCUCCAAGGAGCAUGGAAUCCACGAGGAAUGAAUCAUGGACCACCAGGACAAGGACCACGUGGAGGACCAAUGAUGCAACAACAGGACUAUCAGUGGGGAGGACCAAACAACAUGGGUGGAAACAAGCAAAUGAACAGACCAUGGGGACAAGACAAUAACCGUGGAAUGUCUGGAAUGCCACCACGAAACGGUCGUCCAAACCACAAUCAAGGAAGAUACUCUGGAAAUAUGCAAGGAGGAGUUGAUGUGUCUGUUCCACCACCAAUGGAUAUGCAUAUGGGCGGAGGAAUGGGUGGAAUGAGAAAUAUAGGAGCACCAAAUGGUGGACACGGUUCCUGGAAAAACAAUAAUUCUGGAGGUGGAAAUGGUGGACACGGUGGCCAACGGAAUUACAACAACCGCGGUGGAAUGGGACACAAUGGAGGUGGAAACCAAGGAGGAAACAAUAUGUGGAAUAAUGCAGGAGGAAAUGGUGGAGGCAACGGAGGAAACAUGCAACAGUACAUGGGAGACCAGUCCUACAACAACGCCUCAUCGUUCCCAAUUGGUGGAGCUUCUGAUGAUCUCACUCUUUCUGUUUGGCAUGAUCCAAACGGAGAGCUCAAAAAAUGGCAGAGAGACACUGGAGUUUCAUACUGGGGAGAUCCGGAGAAGCAGACCGAACGUACCAUCAACCUUUGGAUUGUUGCUGAAGGAGCCGACGAGGAUUUGGAAUCUGCUCUAAAUCGGUGCCCAGUACCACAGAAAAAGGGAGAAGAUAAUCAACGAUUCCCAUUCCCUGUGCCUGCCAAACGGCCAAUUGUAGUAACUGGAUGGGGAGAGCUCCCAGAGAACGAUCCAAACAACCCAACCAAGAGCGAGUCGACCAUCUUCGAUGAGAACAACAGAUGGAACGACGUGCCCACUGAGCAGAACCCGUGGUAUCUACCAAACCACAACGCAACCACAUUCUCCAGCGACAACACCACUGGAUCCUGGGUACAAGGCGGAACCAUCCCACUGAAUGAGCCAGGAAGCAACCAAGUUGCUGUAGCAGAAAUGCUUAAGAACGCUGUGGACAAAGGUUAUUUGGACCAGAGUGUGCCAAUGUUGGCCAAUCUUCCACCAACUGUACUUCAAUACGUCAACAUGUUGCUUGUGAAGAUUCCAGCUUUGGAGAGUGUUGAUAAUGAGUUGAAACAAAUUGUGGAUGCUUCAAAGCCAGAUGACACGACGGAGAUUGAUCCCCAGAACCCAUCAAAGUAUAUGAAUGACAGCCAAAAGCUCGAGUACAACCGUCUGAUCAUCGAAGUCACAACUGCAAAGAUUGAGGUGCAAGACUACUCCAAAAAGGUUAACCGUGCACUCGUUGAAGCCGGUAUCGUGCAACCACAAGAACAACGUGCGCCUGCUGCUGUCCCAACAUCAGAAGAGUACCACUACUCGUUCUUAGAAUAG